AGUCACACGUCUCCGGCCCGGCUUUUCCAGCAUUGCUCAGCCUGGGCUGGAGAAACAGACAACUCAUCCCGACCCGCAGGGCCAGGAAGUGCCCCGCCUCUCCCCAGACACCGCCGCGCCUCUGUGCAUUGUCCCACGGUGGCGGUGGGAACAGCCAGCCCAGCCCAGCAGCAGGCGGAGAAGGCAGCGGGGACGGGGACGCAGGGAGACCAGAGCCCCCAGCCGGUACCGACCCGAGAGGCGCAGCAGCAGCAGCAGCAUCCCUCACCUGCCGCAACUUGAAAACCCGUGCAAUAGCUUGUGCCAUUCAAAUACGAUUGAGAGCGACGGGAACUGGGCAGCCGCUGGAGUUCAGCUUCUCCUUCCCAGCAAGGUCUAACUGUAUAGAAUGGCACCUGGUGUAACAGCUGAGAAGAAGACUGAGGAUGAACAGUCGUCAAAAGAUAACUUAAUUCAUCUCUCCAACCCUCACCUUGAGAAAAUGAAAGAUGAUAUCCUGUACCAUUUUGCUCUUGGGACUGGCACCCAUGAUUUUCCUGCCUUGUUUGGAGAUGUAAAGUUUGUAUGUGUUGGAGGAAGCCCUUCACGGAUGAAAGCUUUUAUCACCUACAUAGCUGAAGAGCUUGGACUUGGGAGCGUCGGUGCUGACUAUCCCAACAUCUGUGCAGGAACUGACCGUUACGCGAUGUACAAAGUAGGACCCGUGUUAUCAGUCAGUCAUGGUAUGGGCAUUCCCUCUAUUGCCAUCAUGUUACAUGAGCUGAUCAAGCUGCUGUAUCACUCCAAGUGUUCCAAUGUAACCAUUAUUCGCAUUGGCACCUCUGGUGGAAUAGGUCUGGAGCCAGGCUCAGUGGUAAUAACCAGUCAAUCAGUAGAUGCUACCUUCAAGCCUCAAUUUGAACAGGUUAUCCUGGGAAAGACUGUAAUUCGCAGUACCAACCUAGAUGACCAACUAGCUAAGGAACUGAUGCAGUGCAGUAAGGAGAUAAAUGAAUUCAAUACAGUAAUUGGAAAUACAAUGUGCACUUUGGAUUUCUAUGAAGGCCAAGCCCGUCUGGAUGGUGCAAUCUGCUUAUAUGCUGAAGAAGAGAAAUUGCAGUAUUUGAAGGCAGCUUAUGAUGCUGGAGUCCGAAACAUUGAGAUGGAAUCUUCAGUUUUUGCUGCUAUUUGUAAUCUUAGUGGUGUCAGAGCUGCUGUGGUGUGUGUCACACUUCUGAAUCGACUUGAAGGGGAUCAGAUUAGCAGCUCACAUGAUGUGCUUGUGGAGUAUCAGCAGAGACCGCAGAAAUUAGUGGGACACUUCAUUAAGAAGUGCCUUGGGAAAGUGUGAUGUACCCACCGCUUUGCAGAUUAUUAGCAGAAGGCUAGUAUUUCUUCUGACUUGAAAUAAUGCUCAUAACUAUAAA